UAAAGCCACAGAGACCCAGAACUGAAAUAAAAAAUAAACUGCAAGAAGAGGGGGAAGGGGCGACAGGAGAGUCAUUAAAUAAAUCCACUUGUCGAUUCAGGGUAGGGAAUGAUGUCUGAGAGUGAAGAGCAUGGCUCGCUCCUAGAGAAGAUCAACGAGAAGAUCCACGAGUACAAGCACUCAUCAUCGUCCUCCUCUUCGGACUCAGAUGAUGACAAGAAGCCAAAGAAGACUAAGAAGAAGAAGAAGCUAUUCGGGAGGAAACAUUCAUUGCAUCACGUUCUCGGAGGAGGCAAAGCCGCCGAUCUUGUGCUGUGGAGGAACAAACAGGCAUCCGGGAGCAUCUUGGCAGGAGUCACUGUGAUCUGGCUACUAUUUGAGGGCAUCGGCUACCACCUCCUUACCUUCCUCUGCCAUGCACUAAUUGUGUUUCUCACCGUCUGGUUCGUCUGGUCCAAUGCUGCAUCCUUUGUCAACAGGUCUCCUCCAAAGUUCCCAGAGGUCAUUCUAUCUGAAGUCCAAUGCCUGAAGGUAGCUCAUAUUGCAAGGAAAGAAAUCAAUGAGGCUUUCUAUACAUUGCGCAAUGUUGCUUCUGGAAAAGAUUUGAAAACAUAUCUGAUGACAAUUGUGGUGCUGUGGUUCAUUUCCAUAGUUGGAAGCUGCUUCAGCUUCUUGACUCUGUCUUACACUAUUUUCCUGAUGGCAUACACUCUUCCCAUGUUGUAUGAGAAGUACGAAGAUCAAGUUGAUGUUGUGGGUGAAAAGGCCCUUAUUGAGAUAAAAAAGCAGUAUAAAGUGAUUGAUGCUAAGUUUAUCUCUAAGAUCCCAAUGUUGUCUGAGAAGAAACAACACUGAAGGGGUGCUCCAAAAGGACUAAUUCAGCACAUUACCAAUAUAUGAAAAUAGUUCUUUUGGCUUUGCUAUGCCCACAUUUAGCAAUCUUUAAGACGAAACCAUAGAUAUUAUAUGGAUUUUUAAGCUGGAAAAUUGAGUCUUCUGAGUCCAAGAACAGUGUCAACCAUCAUACAAAGUAGUUGCUUCUUCCUGUCAGAUAGUCCAUUUGAUUUUGUAUGGAUGUGGACAUAUAUGCCUGACCAAUUGUGAUUAUUUGCUAUUUCUAUAUGUUAAGUGCAUUUAAUAGCUCUCCAUUUAUGUAGUUAUGUUUGAGUUGAAUCAAUUUAGUAAUGUCACAUCACUAAUA